AUGAAAUGGCGCAUUGUGGUUGAAGAAAAACGGGACGAGUCACAGAAAACACUCACAACCACAGCAGGCAUUCAAUGUACCAUGCAAAAGGUUGAGCUAAUGAAUGAAGUUGCAGAAAUACGCGUCGUUGCUUUUGGCCCUAAUGGUAGCGGAAAGAGCUCGCUUACAGGACGCCUGAACAAGAAUUUAUUUCAGAGAGCUCUUGAUAAUCUGUGUUGUUGGCACGAAGCGAAGUGUGAUCUCGUCAUUCAUGACUUCGGCGAAGAGGAUGUAGCUAUCUCUGCUGAGCUGCAAUCAUUCAAUCCUCCAUAUUCCGGUCUUGCUUAUUGCCCCAAGACUCCAGACUUUAUCGCUUCAUGCGCGCUUAUUCUUUCACGCUUUCUCCUCAACCGUGGUUUCUUUAUUGUAGGACCCAGUCGCAAAUACUCAUAA